AUGACUAGCCCGAGACGCUCAAAAAGAGGUAGUCAGUGUGUCGCUCAACAUCUAGACUGGGACUCCCCAUCUACCGCCACGGGCACUGUGAAACGCCGCUCCUCCUGCCCAGAGAGCUCCAAGGUCAGAAGAGAUGACAUCAUCCUCGAGGCCCAAACGCCAUCCGACUCCAGCAGCAACCCUCAGAGUUCCGACGAAAACAAGACUGACUUUCUUAUCGAUAUCGAGGAGCGGAUCUCGUCUAUGAUCAACGAGAACCGAUCCUCCCAGAGCACGUCCGAGUCUAGCGAAAUCGAUAUUUUUAUAGAGAACAUUUUUGAUAAUCCUGUUUUUGAUCCCCUAUCUUUUACUGCUCGAGAGCAACCGCAUAAGGGACAUAAAAAGGCAGGCAGUACAAAUGAAAAUGCUCAAAAACCUAGAGAUAAGAAAACAACUCCUCUACAUAAGCUUAGGUCUUUAGAUGUUAUUAAACCUAGGACGAAUAAAACGGUAGAUAAAUCAAACGAGAAAUCCAGUGUGUUACCCGUUUACAAAACUACAGUUGAGUAUGCCAGCGUAAAUAUACAAAAGAAGAAAAUUUCGAGGUUAAAAAUACCAUUCAGUCCAACUAGAACGAUGGAGAAGCCAAAAUUGAAUUUAUUCCAAGGAAGGAAUCCUAGUGAUAAGAAUGAUAAACCCUCGCCGUUAAUAGCUACUAAUGUGAGAAGAACCAUAUCGAACGAAUACGUGAGACUCAAGUUCACAAACGACACGGUAAUACGAAGGACCAUCGACGGGAAAUCCGUACCAAAGAUAACGCCAAAGAUACAGUCCAUAAUCCCCGAAAGUCCAGUCGACAGCGAGGAUCCGUUCCUCAAUUUGAGCCCCAACAAAAAGUACACGGUCACCGUCAACAACAAAGUCAGGUGUGAUAAAGAUAAUUACGUAAUUUUCGACCCAAAUACCGGAUUCAAGCCGGACGACCAACCGAAGAGGAUAUCGAAGGGGGGUGAAAAAUCCAAAAUUCCUCUAAAAUCUCCCGUCGGUGAGAAGUCGAUUCAAACUCGAAAAUCUGUGAGUGUGAGUGCCAGUGACACGGACAGUGGAAUUUUGUCCCCUAACUCACCUGGUGAGCCAGGGGACCAGGUGCCAACUUACUACGUGAACGCGGCGGUGUUCAGUGAAGCGGCCAAAAAGUGUGCCUCCGACUACGAGAUCACCAUCGUCGACCCAACGCUCGCAAAAAAGGCGACCGAACAAAUUAAGAUAUACACAGACUGGGCGAACCACUACCUCGAGCGCGCGCGGUCUCGUCGCCGGGCCGGCACCUCCGGCGGCCUGGCCCGUGACUGCGCCGACGGGUUACUGCUGGCUGACGUCCUCGAGGGUGUCACGGGGUUGAAAGUACCACGAGCUCACCGGAAACCGAGGAACCCGCAACAAAUGUUGGAAAACGUCCAAUGCUGUUUGGACUUCUUACACGCGCAAAAAGUGCAAGGGUUGGAGCAAGUAACAGCUGUAGACAUACGGGAUGCGAAGCUUAAAGCUGUGUUAGCUUUGUUUUUCGCACUUAGCCGGCACAAACAAGCGUCCAAGCAGCGACCAGCGCCAUCUAGCGGAAAUGGUCCGAACCUCGGCAAGAAUUCAAGCGAAGACAUAUCAUUGAGUUCCGUCCAGCGGAUAACAGGUGGCAGCAGUUGUGAUGAAAUUUUGACGGCGUGCGGAAACAACGUCGAAAUGACGACAUUAACAGCAAAUAGGCAAGUGUCAGUGCUGCAGACGUCGAUACCGCUGCCGGCGUCGGCGGCGGCAGUACGUCGGGCCCCGCCGGAUAAAAGGCCGUUGCCGGCUACUCCUGUGCAUGGUAAAAGUGGAUUAUCAGCAAGCUCUAGUCGAUCUACGAGUCCCCUCGGCCAAGGAGCAGUUAGCUUCAUACCUCGUGCCCCGGCCAGUUCCUCUGGGUCAAGGCCGAAUUCAUCGUUACUAGCUCCCGGUAGUAAAAUUCCGUCUACGUUAUCGCAAACGCAUCAACAUUCACAAAAUGCCAACCAUAAUGGAACCCCGACGAAGCAGUCCAUGCUGGAGAAGUUGAAACUGUUCAAUAAGGACAAAGUCAGUAGUGAAAAACAAAGUAGUAAAAGUACCGCAGUGUCAAAACGCACAAGUUCUUCUAGUGGAUUUUCAUCCGCGAAAAGUGAACGAUCCGACUCUAGUUUAAGUCUUAAUGAAUCGUCGAAUAAUACUAGCACCAAUACGAAAACAUCAAACCUAAUAGGACCAAAAAGCGUGAGACAUCAAACUGAUACGCUAACUAAAGAUAAGUCCGGUAAAAAUAUCAAGUCAAGACUGGUUAACUGUAGCUCCAAAGUCACCAGGGACUCGUCAUCUACGUUAAACAAAAGUAAUAACGUCAAAGCGAAUAAUGACAAAAGUAAAAAUAGCCCUAAGCUAUCUUCUCGAGAAAAGGAAUCCAGAAUAGCUGCACCAAAAUCCGUUAGCAAUACAAAGUUAAAUUUAAUCGAUGAUCAAAUUAGAAGUUCCAAAACAAAGAUGGUAAAAUUGUCCGGUAGCCAAAUGAAACUAAACGAAUCAAAGCCGGAUCAUUCUACUGAUGCCAAAUCACAUGAUCAUCAUAAAGUCCCGCACAAUCAUAACCAACCUCCUUCACCACCGGGAGGCCAAUCCGGUUCGCAACAGAAUCAGACCGGUAUCCCAAAACCUACCGCUGCAGUAAAAGGAACUUCGAAAAUUUCUAAAGAUGAAAAACAUAUGAAUCAUAAGAGUACAAAUAGUCAAUUAAGCCCUAUACAGAGCAAUUCUAGUUUAAAUUCGUCUAAUAAUGUUGGUGUUCAUCCACUAGCUAGAGAGCAAUCAAAUUUAAGCAAGGAAGUGUCUCAAAAACAAACCCUUGCAGUUUCGCCGAUGCCUGUCGUGAACAGUGGGAAUCAGACGUCUCAAAUGUCUGAAAGUUCACAUUCUAAUUCUACUCACAGUACUACGGGGCAGCAGUCAAAUUCUAGUGACAGUAGUGUAAUAUACCGGCCAUCAAGUGAAUCUGGCUCGGAAAUAUCGAAAAGUAAUCAUGUGCCGACCAACAAGCGAGUAGAUAUGAACACCACUUAUAUCAACGAAGUUAUUAAUGAAGCCGAGCUGUCAGAAAAGGAAGCUGCCCAAAAACGGUAUCUACACAAUUCUCGCAAACAGGCUUACGAACACAAUAGAACAUUAACGGAGGAAAAGAAUGAUAGUCGAUCGAGCACUCCGUCCCAUUGUCGAGAUAAUUCUCUGGGUGAUGACGAAAAUCCAUUAAUGAAUGUAAUGCCAAUGCGACCUUUACUGAGAGGCUACAACAGCCACCUAACACUGCCGAUGAGAACCUCUGGGCUGACGCAAAAGAAUAUCACGGGGUAUCCUCACCAUGCAAAUACAGUUAAGCCCAACUUCGGAAGAGAAAACAUCGGAUUUCGCGAGCGAAUGAAUUACGGUCCCGGGUUCUCGAAUCCAGAUUACUGUGAUCUAGAUAUCGCGUCGGGUUAUAUGUCGGAUGGUGAUUGUCUGAGACGGAUUACCGUUAACGAAAUGGAUUGCGGACGCAACAACGAUAUAAUGGACGGCUACAUGUCCGAAGGAGGCGCGUCGCUUUACGGUCGGCGAAUAAAUUACCAGCAGCCGUCCCAGUUCCAGCAGAUCGACGAAAGACGAGGUGGUAUUCGUAACCGCGGUAUGGAAGGCGGGAGCGGUGUGGUGUACCGCGUGGUGGGACGGACGAGGAACAAGACGGACUGCGGACAGCAGACGGAGAGGACACCACCGCGACAGGACACCACUUGGAAGAAGUAUACUGACUCCCCGGGUGUUGGGACUCCGCCAUUGAACCAGCCAGCCCCAGCGCCGCCGAGCCCGUCUCACGGACGGAAGGGCGAGCGGCGCGCGGGCCACCACUCACCGCAGCACAAGCGGGAGAAGCUGUCGGCGGCGCAGCAGCUUGGCAUCGCGCCGCAUCCACAGUACCCUGCUCCGAGUCCACCAAAUCAGCAUGGAUCACGAAAUGCAGGAUCUCAGCUGCAAUCCCCGAGCGGUUCGUCCCGGCCGGGCAGCGCCGCCGGCAACGGCACGCCCAAGAGCAAGACGCCGCAAAACUUCGGCUACGUGAAGCGAAACGGACAGCCGCCGCCGCCGCCACCGCCCAAUGGACCACCGCAGCAUGUUCAUGGCGGCGGUAGGACAGCGCAAGUGACAGCAGUGCCGAGGACCAAGGUCAAAGUGUCAGGCGGAACACAGACCUGCACGCAGGAUCUACAGAUACAUAAAAACGGCAUUGGUCCCAAAUCCUAUUCUUUAGGCGGGACGGCCGCUGCUCAGCUGUCAGCUUCAGUGCGAGAACGGCUACUAGGGUCGCAGUCGCUGCCGAAACCAGGGACGCAUGAGUUUGCAGCUCUGUUCCAUCAUCACAGGGUCCCCCCAAGAGGCGGCAUGAAGAUAUCUGACGGCAGUCUAUCUGACACUCAGACGUAUUCCGAAGUCAAAUCUGACUACGGUAUACCUUACGCGCCGUGGUUGAGACACAGCAACACAUACACAGCGAGCGGGAGACUGUCCGAGGGCGAGUCCAUGGAGUCCCUGACCUCGCUGCACUCGGCGCAGGCGCACAACCACACUUCAUCCCCUAACUCCCACCACCGCAGUUCACUCACACAUAAUAAGCUCAUCCUGCAUCGUGACGCGCAGAACUCGAGGCUCAAUAGAAGCAACAGCAUUAGGUCGACCAAAUCGGAGAAGCUUUACCCGUCGAUGCUGCAGCGGUCUUCGGAGAGCGACUACGAGCCCUACUACUGCCUGCCCGUGCAGUACCCACCGGGAGGACAAGGUCUGAACUAUGGAGUAUCGGAGCCACCUUCUCCAUCACCACGAUCAGCGCUAAGCCCCACGCACCAGCCCGGCAACGUCAUGCACACACCGCGACAUUCACACCACUACCCUAAGAAGAAUGAUGAAGUGCACGGUUCCACGACGUCCCUGGUGUCGACGGCGUCAUCGCUGGCGGCGGGCGCGGGCUCGGAGGAGCGGCAGGCGCACGAGGUAGCGCCUGUGCGAAAACUGCGACGCGAGCUCGCUGAUGCUAAAGAAAAAGUCCACACACUGACUACACAGCUGACAACGAAUGCCCACGUGGUGUCGGCGUUCGAGCAGAGCCUGUCCAACAUGACGCAGCGGCUGCAGCAGCUCACCGCCACCGCGGAGAGAAAGGACUCUGAGUUGACGGAGCUGCGUCAGACGAUCGAGCUGCUGAGGAAGCAGUCCAUCCAGGCGGGGCUGACCACCGCCCACAUGCAGUCCAUGGGUAUCAGGGCGGAUGGAGUCAAUGUUACUGGACAGGAACCCAACCCACAACCACAGUCGUCCCCGCAGCGCGUGGCGACGGGUAACGGCGCCAUCACACGCCACCUGUCUACGGACAGCGUGUCCAGUAUCAACAGCCUCAGCUCCGGAUCGUCCAUGCCGCACGAUAAGAAGCACAAGAAGAAGGGAUGGCUACGCUCAUCGUUCACGAAAGCGUUCUCGAGGAAUGCGAAAAUCUCGAAAACGGCGAAGCACGCGUCACUAGGCCAGCUAUCAUCUCAAGACAGUUCAUCUGGAUCCCACCACUAUGACGACCCUCACACGAUACGAGAAGGGAGCAACGAGAACAGCCUAGAACAUUCCCAUGAGACGCUCGACACCAAAGACAAGACCACGUGCCCGCCAGCAAAUGCUGAAGAUCAAACCAAAGAUAAACCAGACCAAUCGGGCAUAGUAGAUGAGCUGAAACGGCAGCUGAGAGAGAAGGACUUGGUUCUAACGGACAUACGGCUGGAGGCGUUGAGUUCCGCGCAUCAGCUCGAAAGCCUCAAAGACACGGUCAUCAAAAUGAGGAACGAGAUGCUGAAUUUAAAGCAGAACAACGAGCGGCUCCAGAGAUUGGUGACGUCACGGUCCUUAGCUGGGAGUCAGAGUUCAUUGGGUACUGGUGGUUCAGCUGUCGAAGACCCAAGGCGGUUCAGUCUAGCAGAUCAAGCUACUAUGCACCAGAACGCAAUGGACAUGCACUCCCAGCCUCUGGAAUUGGACUUCAACUGCAUUUCGUCGACGCCGAAUCGAGACGCAUCUAAAAAGAACUCGCCCAAAUCGGGUAUAGUCGAGCCGAUCUACGGCAAUAAAGCUGCCUGUGAACUGAAUGAGAACAACGAAGCCUUAUUAGAAGCUUUAAAUGGGACAGGCGAUAUAUUUACUAAUGGUCUCAGUGCUGAUGGAGAUUACGACAUCAACACUGUUCUGCCGCCGCCUAAGAGUAGGGAACUAGCGAUCGGUGAAAGCUAUUCUGAUAUUGGUGUAGCUGAUAGCCAGGGUGAUACCACAGAUGGGAAGAAAAUAGCGAUAGCAGUUUACUUGGGCCAACCAGAAACAUUCCAAAGAUAUUUCGAAGAAGUUCAAGAUACGCUGACCGAAUCUGAGUGUAGAUUCUACGCGAAGCAAUCGGCUAGCUCAUACAACAACCACUUUGACAAGCAGCCGAGUUUUGACUCGCCAAGAAUGUCUACCACCCACAGCCCAGAAAUCGAAGCACAAGACUAUCCUCAAAUCAUCAACAAAUCCAACACCAACAGUCUCAAAAGCAACAAGUCGACUCACAGCAACUCAUACAAAAAUGUCUACAACAGUGCCUCAACUAUAAAUUGCAAUGAAUUCACCAUUGCCUACACGUAUAUCUCAGGCAAGACAACUUGGCAGAACCUGGACUAUAUAGUCAGGAAGACUUUCAAGGACUACCUGUCUAGAAUAGACCCUGGGACUAACUUGGGACUGAAUACGGACUCAAUCACUUCGUACCAUUUGGGUGAAGCGACGCGAGGGCCCGAAAUUAGUUUUCCCGAGUUGUUGCCUUGUGGUUACAUCAUUGGGACUGUAAACACGUUGUACAUUUGUCUGCAAGGAGUGGGCAGCUUAGCUUUCGAUAGCCUUAUACCAAAAAAUAUUGUAUAUAGAUACGUAUCCCUACUGUCGGAGCACCGUCGGGUCAUUCUUUGCGGUCCCAGCGGCACGGGCAAGUCAUACCUUGCGGCCAAACUGGCGGAGUUCUACGUUCAGAGGACACAGCGGCGGGGAAACCCAGUGGAAGCAGUUGCCACUUUCAACGUGGACCGCAAGUCCUGCAACGAACUUCGCGCGUACCUCGCCAACAUCGCGGAGCAGUGCGGCGCGGCGGCGGCGGGCGAGGAGGCGGUGCUGCCCUCUGUGGUGUUGCUGGACAACCUGCAGCAUGCCUCCGCGCUUGGCGACGCCUUCGCGGGGCUGUUACCGCCGGAUAAUAGGAACAUGCCCGUUAUUAUUGGCACCAUGUCGCAAGCGACGUGCAACACGACAAACCUGCAGCUGCACCACAACUUCCGGUGGCUGCUCACCGCCAACCACAUGGAGCCCGUCAAGGGAUUUCUAGCGAGGUAUCUCCGUCGCAAGCUGUUCUCUCUGGAGCUCCGGUUAGGUCGUCGAGAGCCAGCCCUGGCGGCAGUACUGGAGUGGCUGCCGGGCGUCUGGUCUACCCUCAACGCGUUCCUCGAGGCACACUCCUCCAGUGACGUCACAGUCGGGCCCAGGCUGUUCCUCGCCUGCCCCAUGGAUUUGGAAGCUAGUCAGGCGUGGUUCGCUGACGUGUGGAACUACAGCAUCGUGCCGUACGCGUCGGAGGCGGUGCGCGAGGGCGUGGCGCUGUACGGGCGGCGGCGGCACGCGGCGACCGACCCGCUGCAACACGUCAAGUCCACCUAUCCGUGGAGGGAGCCUAAUCAUUCACAUACGCUGAGACCAAUAACGGUUGACGACGCUGGUAUUGAAGAGCCCAAUCAAGAUGCCAACACAAACAACAAUCAGGACCCACUGCUGAACAUGCUGAUGCGGCUACAAGAAGCGGCUAACUACAGUGGCAACCAGAGCCAGGACUCCGACAACGCCAGCAUGGAUUCUAAUCUCACGCACGACAGCUCAAUGGGGAACGAGCUUUAAUUUUAUACUUUUAUAUGACGAAUCGCACAGUCCGUUCGGGCCUUUAGACCCACCUGCACUAGUGGGUAUGUAUCAAAGUAUCAUGCCUUCUCUUUCAUAAAUAUGUAGAACGAGAGAGAUAGCAUCAAUCCAAUAUGGCGCAAGUGGGCCUAAGACUUUACGGUUAUUUUGCCUGUUUUUGUCUCGUCUUUAAGGCGUCGUAAAAUAACAACAGACUGUAUGUAAUAACUUAUAUGACACGAUAUUUGGUGAUGAAUAUCGAUAAAAUAACCGCACAUAAUAGCGAAAUUAUACGAAAUCGAGUAGGCGAUUAUUUUGUUCGUCGGACUUUUUGGUUUUUUUUUUUUUUUGAGUAAAUGUAGUUUAGUUUCUGAUUGACACCAAAAGUGUGACACGUUUUCUGCAUAGUAUUAUUUAAAGGGUAGCCGCAUACGAUAGACUUUUGUGGGACAAAAUGACAUUACAUGCUACAAAAGUAGAAUAUCCUACAAGAGUCAGUCGUGUGUUCCGCCCCAAACACACAUGUAUGGACUUCGGAUGGGAAGACAGCAUUUGUAACAAAAACUCAUUUAAUUUAAGCUGCAAACACACUGC